AUGUCAGUAGAAGAAAAAGUAUCACAAUUAAAAGUUACUGAGGAAUCAGAACAAAAAAUCACUCCGUGGGAAGUAGAAGGAGCUGUUGUGGAUGGUAAAUCCAUGGGGAUUGAUUAUGAUAAAUUGAUUAGUCAAUUCGGUACUAAACAUAUUACCCUGGAAACAUUAGAAAGAUUUAAACAAGUUACUGGCGAAGAACCUCAUCCAUUUUUGAAAAGAGGAGUAUUUUUUUCCCAAAGAGAUUUAGAUCGUAUUUUAGAUUUAUAUGAACAUGGAGAACCAUUUUUCUUAUAUACUGGAAGAGGUCCAUCAUCUGAUUCAAUGCAUUUAGGUCAUAUGGUUCCAUUUAUAUUUACAAAAUGGUUGCAGGAAGUAUUUGAUGUUCCUUUAGUCAUUGAAUUAACUGAUGAUGAGAAAUUUUUAUUUAAACAUCAAUUAACUAUUGAUGAUGUUAAAGGGUUUGCCGCAGAAAAUGCUAAAGAUAUAAUCGCCGUUGGAUUUAAUCCCGAAAAUACCUUUAUUUUUUCAGAUUUACAAUAUAUGGGAGGAGCAUUUUAUGAAAAUGUUGUUAGAACUUCACGUCAAAUCACUACUUCUACUGCCAAAGCAGUAUUUGGAUUCACUGAUUCAGAUUGUAUUGGUAAAAUACAUUUUGCCAGUAUUCAAAUAGCAACAGCUUUCCCAUCAUCAUUCCCGGAUGUAUUAGGAUUACCACCAAAAACUCCUUGUUUAAUCCCUUGUGCCAUAGAUCAAGAUCCUUAUUUUAGGGUUUGUAGAGAUGUUGCUGAUAAAUUAAGAUUUACUAAACCAGCUUUAAUUCAUGCCAAAUUCUUCCCUGCUUUACAAGGGGCAUCAACGAAAAUGUCAGCUUCUGAUACUACAACUUCAAUAUUUAUGGGUGAUACUGCUAAACAAAUUCAGAAAAAAAUCAAUAAAUAUGCAUUUUCUGGUGGUAGAGCCACUGCAGAAGAACAUAGAGAAUUAGGAGGUAAUCCAGAAGUAGAUGUUGCAUUCCAAUAUUUAUCGUUUUUCAGUUAUGAUGAUGAAAAAUUGGCAAAAUUAGAACAAGGCUAUAGAAAAGGAGAAAUAUUAUCUGGAGAAAUGAAGAAAGAAUGUAUUACAGUUUUACAAGAAUUUGUAUCUGCUUAUCAAGAAAGAAGAAGUAAAGUUGAUGAUAAUGUUGUUGAAAAAUUCAUGAAACCACAUAAAUUAGUUUUCGGUAAUAAAGAAAGAAAAGUUCCUGUUAAACCAAGAGAAAAGAAAGCCAAAAAGUAA